AUGCUGGAAGAUACGAUAAUUGCAAUAUAUCGACAAAUGUUGCCUGCCAUUCCAUGGCUCACUGCGAUCAAGUCUUGGUCUCAAUUUCCUGCCCUUUCUUUGUUUUUUGCCAGCGUGUAUCUCUUCAUCAAAGUCAAGGGUGGUAUAAUGACUGCCCAAUUCGCCAACACAGCUUGCAAUGCCUUGUUCCGCAACAAGCUUCCUUAUGGCCAGCUCCUGAAAGAUGAUGAGGCAAACAAUUCACCUGGAGAUGGUGAGUGUGCCAUUUGUCAGAGUGAUCUGCACGCGCCGGUCAAGCUUGUUUGCGGGCACAUCUUCUGCGAUGAUUGCGUCAUGCAGUGGCUUGAGCGCUCUCUCAUUGAUGGUACCUGCCCGCUCUGCCGCCAGGUGGUUCAACCGGCCGCCUAUGUACAUAUCUCGAUGAAGUCCGUAAAACUGAAGUUCAACUCGGAGCUUGCCACUGGCGACUACCAGUGCUUGAGUGUCAGCCACGACGUGGGGGAGCCGACGACAUGGGCGGCACCAGAGAGCGACAGUGAGGGAGAGUAUGGCAUGGAGGCAGCGAGAAGGACACUAAGAUCAGACGUCCUAGCGCAAUCGAUGAAAGGAGGUCAGGACGAGCUUGAAGAUCCGUUACUUGGGCCAGUCAAGAAGAACAGCGACAUCAGCAGCGAGUCCUUUAAUGCGAUACACUAUCUUUCUACAGUGCAUGAGCAUACAGAUUUGAGCAGGAUAGAGCAAGGGUUGAAGAGGCUGAAAGGAAGGCAAAAGCUGGAGAAAGUCGGGCAGGACUCGAAGCAGCUCAUCCAUGCCAAUUUCAGCAGAUUCGUAGCAGCCCAGGACCAACUCCUUGCCCUCAAGGAGCUGCUCUCCGAGCUGGAUGAGCAGGCAGGGGCAAAGAGUGUCUUCCAACCGAUCUUAGAGUUGUCUCUUGCCAUGGUGUGCGCGUAUCAUGACUCCCUUCAUCUCUCCCAGUAUGCAAGAAAGAAGCACCAGGAUCAGGAACUCUCUGGCGAUUAUAGAUCGUCAUCAAAUGCUCCUUUUGUUACCCAAGAAGAUCAAAGCUUCACCAGUGGGCUCUUUCGACAAUUGGCAGAUGAAAUAGAAGCGCAGAUAGAUAUUGUCAAGAGAGCUCUCACUAAGAAACUGGGAGACUUGUAUUGUACAGUCAACGAGCUUCCAAGAGUUAUCAUGCACUUGAGCAAGCUCGACACGAUUUCUCGAACGAAUGGCAAGAGGCUCGAAGACUUUUCAGAAAUUCGCAGCAAUGCAAAAAAGUGCAUCCGAAUGCAGACAGAAGCGAUUCUAUCCGUGAUGUCAAAAGCUGUCUCAAGCUUUCUGGACCAGGGUUUUGAAUUUGAUAAAUUGUCUUCCAACUUGAAAGAUCACACGUCGCAGGAUGAGGACUGGGAGUUUGGAUUCAGUCUGUCAGACUCUGACGUCGUUGAUCCUUCUCACUCAGCUCUGAAUGAAACCAAACGAGCAUCCGAUGGUGACAUCUCGGACAAUCAGAUUCGGCAAAGGAUUCAGCACACGUUUGACGGCCUGGUCACUGCUCUUGUAAAUACGCUCACGAGUACUCUCGAGAUCAACACCAAACGGCUGAUCAAUCUCGAUGACAUGUGCUUGUCUUUGUUUCGCAAUUACGACAAGUCCUCGACCCCUUCAAACGAUUCCUCUGGGCCGCCAGUGCAGCCAAGAAAGCUCGCAAGACAAGGAACCUUCGACACUCACGGGAAAGGGAAGAACACAAACAUCCUGAUGAGCUCCCUUCAUGAUAUCGUCGAGUUCUACGACUCCUCCUUGAAGCCAAUCUUCCAGCGGUCCUCCCUGCCUCCUGUCACCUUCUUCUGUUCUAAACAGGUUAUCAGAGGCUGUCUGGUCAACGGAACAAGAAUCUGGACCUCGCAGUUUGUGACCUUGCAAUGCCUGGACACUGUCUGCGCAUGUCGGAGCUCUAUCUCGAAGGUUCAGAAUUGUCCACAGGAGCUGCUGGUCAAGGUUGGAGCGGUCAUUGAAGGGUUCAGCGGGUCGACAAUGAGAGAUAUGUUCGCGCACCUGAAGAUGCUGUUGCAAAACGAAGUCAUCCAGCGUGAAAAAUUCAGCCCAGACAUCAUGUUUGCAGUUCUGAACCCUCCUGCAUCGGACCUCACUUGCCCGCAGAGACAUCGAGACCGGGAACUCCUCCAUCCCCAUCAUCUUCCGGAUGAGGCUGACUUGUCAAUUCAAACCAGAAAAUCGAUAGCCGAUGCCCUCGAGCAGGUCCGAGGCAUCGUGCUGGUCUCCGAGGGCCUCCGAUCCUUGGCUGUCAAACUUUGCGUGCAGUCCAUCGAGCUCUUAUUGGAUGCUCUUCAUCGAAUCGCCUUCGGGGAUUCAUCAACAGAGGAUGCUUUCCUCAAGUACUGGUCUUAUCAGGACUUCAAGAAGAUCGAGGGAAAUGUGGAGGUGGCAGAGAAGAAUCAGAAUGGAACUCCGUCGAAACCUUCCUCGAGCUUGAACGGGGAGAUGUUCAGUCACUUCCAGCUGUACGAAGUAGAUUGGAAUUCCGUGGAGUUUCGACAGAACAGCAUGAGGGUGAUAGCGCAAUCUCUGACGAGAAGGAGAAGGAACACAAACUCUAAGCACAUGAGUGACGACACCCUUGCGUCAAGAGCCACUCAAUACAAUCUAGUUCAGAACCUCCUUUCCGUCUUAGCAGAUGUAGAAUACGUCAGGAAGAACGUCAGAGACAUUCUGCAGGAAUGUGGGGAGAUUCUUUUCGAGGAUGAAAAGGUUGCUUCUCUCUUGCUAGCUGAAUGCGACAAUCAUGGCCACGUGAAGUUUCAGGACGAUGAGAUCGAGCAUGAAGUCAGCGACGUGGAGAACUUGUGUGAAAUGCUGCAAGAACUCCUCGAGGAGAAGUACAUCCGAGGGAUGUCGGUCGCGCUCAAGGAUGUGACUGCUGCAGGCAUCAAGGAUUGGGACACGACAAAAGCUAGUGACGUCGGGGAGAGCGAGGCAGGGAGCAACGCCGCCCUCGAGCCUGACAGAGUGCGCGAGUACGCCGACGAGACCCUGGCGAUCGUGUGCCGUGCCAUGGAUCACUUCCGGUGCCUCGGAAGUAGAAUCCAGGAGAAGGUGCUGGUCUAUGUCGUCGACGCCCUAUGGGUCAACAUGUUUGAAUUGGACUCCGAGGUGCAGUUCCUGAAGCUAGCCCUGAUGAAAUAUUCUGAACAAGACAGCCGCGGGCGGGUUGAGAGGAGAGUCGCGCUGCUGUCCGAGUUCAUGGAGGCCUGGCUCCGCUCCUGCGAUGUCUCCAUGGAGGAGGCCAAGGUCAUUCGCAAGGCGGCGAUUCGUGAAGCCAUGUUUCGAUCGCGCAUCCUUGUGUCUUGUUUCUCUUAG